UCCGCCGGGACAUCCCCACUACUGUGGAUGCUCUGAAUUUCAUGACUUUCGAGUUUUAACUCACCCACUUGCACUCUUCCAUGUUUCUUCAACCAAUUGCCCACAACUAAUUUCCUUUUUCCAAACUAAAAAAUAUCCCUCCAAAAAUGAAGCGAGAUCGUGAUCGCGGCAAGGCCGCCGCCUCCGCCAAACCCUACAUGUGGCCGGACCCUCAGCCCGACGCCGGCAUGGACGAGCUCUUCGCCGUGCUCGGAUACAAAGUCAAGUCCUCCGACAUGGCUGACGUCGCCGAGAAGCUCGAGCAGCUGGAGAUGGCCAUGGGCACCACCGCCGAUGACGGCGUUUCCGUCUUCGCCGACGACACCGUUCACUACAACCCCUCCGACCUCUCCGGCUGGGUCGACAACAUGCUCACCGAGUUCACCGGCGAAUCUUCCACAACCAAUUUCGCCGGCGAAGACGAUUUGCGCGCGAUUGCAGGCGUCGCCAUUUUCGACAGCACUGAUUCGGAAAACAGCUGCAAGAGGAUGAAGGCGGCGGCGGCUGACGUCAGAUCUGAAUUCGGCGAGGAUUCAUCAGCGGUGAAGCAGCAGCAGCCGCGGGCGGUGGUGGUGGACUCGCAGGAGACGGGUGUGCGGCUCGUGCACACGCUCAUGGCGUGCGCGGAGGCGGUGCAGCAGGAGAAUAUGAAGCUGGCCGACGCGCUGGUGAAGCACGUGGGGCUACUCGCGGUGUCGCAGAUCGGCGCUAUGCGGAAAGUCGCCACUUACUUCGCCGAGGCUCUGGCGAGAAGGAUUUACAAGAUCUACCCGGAGGAGCCGCUUGAUUCUUCCUUAUCCGAUAUUUUGCAGAUGCAUUUCUACGAAACCGGUCCCUAUCUCAAAUUCGCGCAUUUCACGGCGAAUCAGGCAAUUCUGGAGGCUUUCGCCGGCUCGAAUCGUGUUCAUGUGAUCGAUUUCAGCUUGAGGCAGGGGAUGCAGUGGCCGGCGCUGAUGCAGGCGCUGGCUCUGCGGCCCGGGGGCCCGCCGGCGUUCAGGUUGACCGGGAUCGGGCCGCCGCACCCCGAUAACAGCGAUGCCUUGCAGCAGGUAGGGUGGAAAUUGGCGCAGCUAGCUGAAACGAUAGGCGUGGAGUUCGAAUUCCGUGGAUUUGUGACGAAUUCGCUGGCCGAUCUCGAUGCGGAGAUGCUGGAAAUUAGGGCGGGCGAUGAUGAGGAGACGGUGGCGGUGAAUUCCGUUUUCGAGCUGCAUCAGCUGCUGGCCCGGCCCGGAGCGUUUGAGAAGGUUCUGAAUUCGAUCAAGGAGAUGCGGCCGAAGAUCGUGACGGUGGUGGAGCAGGAGGCGAACCACAACGGCGGCGCGUUUCUGGACCGGUUCAACGAGUCGCUGCACUACUACUCGACCAUGUUCGACUCGCUCGAGUCAGACGGCGUCGGGGGUGGUGGUCAGGAUCUGAUGAUGACGGAGGUGUACCUGGGGCGGCAGAUAUGCAACGUGGUGGCCUGCGACGGGCCGGAGCGGGUGGAGCGGCACGAGACGCUGGAGCAGUGGCGGGCGAGGAUGGGCUCGGCCGGGUUCGACUCGGUCCAACUCGGAUCCAACGCGUUCAAGCAGGCGAGCAUGCUGCUCGCCCUCUUCUCCAGCGGGGAGGGCUACAUGGUGGAGGAGAGAGACGGGUGCCUGAUGCUCGGGUGGCACACUCGCCCGCUAAUCGCCACCUCAGCGUGGCGGAUAGCGGCUGCGGAAGACUGAGUCGACUCAGUGAGUGGUGCAGGGAAGGCCACCGCGAGUUGUACAAGUGAGAGUGAGAGCAUCUCCAAUCAUACUGCAAAUCCCAUCUAUGCAGUAGAUUGGAGCUCCAACCAUACUAAAAAACGCAUCCCAAAUCAGCUUUUUUUUGCGAUUUUGAACAGUGACGACCCAUAUAUGGCGUUGCACUGUAGCAAACGCAAAACCCAUUUUAUAAUUUCUGAAAUUGCAUUCACACCCUCCUUGUUUGAGUAUGUUUCGAAUAGAGCAAGUAUAUCAAGGUAGAAGUGAGAGCAGAAAAGUUUGGGGAAGAAGAAGAACAUGGUUUGAUGAAGAAGAACACGUUUGGGAAGAUGAUGAACAGUAAUGGUUUUAUUUUUUAACUGUAAAUGGGCUUCAUUAAUAUUUCAACUACAUUUCAACAAAUGGGCUUCAUUAUAUAGAGAUGUGGCAGUGUAUUUCGUUUUACAUACAUACACAGUGCAUUUUAUUGAUUGUAAAUUUUUAAUGUAUUCUAAUUGUAAAUUGUAAUUGUAUUCUAAUUGUAUUUUAAUUCUAUUUCAUUUUACAUA